AUGGAUUCUAAUACUUCUUAUAAUAUGAUGAUAAAUAUGAGGGAAUAAUUUAGAUAGGAGAUAAGGAAAAAAGAUUAAGAAUCCUUUUUUUAGAGGAAAAGAUUGCAAUUUUAGCUAUCUUAGAAAUUGCCUGAGAUAUAAUUUGAUUAAAUAAUUCCUCAAUUAAAAGAAAGUUUGUAAUAAAAGAACGCGGUUCAAUUAGGAUUAAUACAUCAAGUGAUUUUUAAAUAAAUUAAUGACAAUUAGCAAAAUGAGGUUUAUUUUCUAAAUAAUUAAUACUUGGAGCUCUGCAUAUAAUCUAUCCAAUUAGGUUAGUUGGUGUGUUAUCAAGUAUUAACAAAUUUAUGUUUAAACUCAUAAUUUCCAAACAGUGCAAUUAGUUAGGCAUUGAUUACAUAAGCUAUGAAUUUAAUCAUUCAAGCAAACUUAUAGUUCGAAAAUGUAAAAUAUAUUGAUAUAAUAGAAACCAUUAACAGGAACAAAUAUACCAUAAAAAAGUGAUUAUUCAUAGAAUCAAGUCUUAGAAAUUGAAUAGAAAAGUUAGUUUAUUGAAAAUUUAGAAAAUUCAUACAAGUUUAUAUUCUUUUUUCUUGGAAACAUCAUAUCGCAAUUUAAAUUGUAAUAUUUGAAUCUGCUUCCUAAUUUAUUGCAAUUUGUUUCAGUUGCAGAAGGGUAGUUCUUAACGAGCAUAAUAUUUUUGUUGAAUUCCCUAAUAGAGCAUUAAUAAAUUGAUUCCAAUUAAAAGUUCAUAGGACUUAAGAUUGCUCUAUAGGCUUUAAAAAAAGAGUAAUGCGAAGAUUAUCUGAUGCCAUUUGGUAGACUAUAUGAUUCUUAAUUUGAUGAGUUAUUAUUAGAAUCUAAUGUUUUUGAAACAAUAAUCAAUCAUCAAUGCACAAUGAUGGAUAAAUGCUUAGUUAUAAUAAAGUAAUUCACUUUAUCAGACUCAUUAUUAGUUGCACAUGUAUAAAUUUAAUUAACUUUAGAAAUUAUUGGAUUUAAAAAUUUUAGAUAAGUUAUUACAAAAUUUAAGUAACAAAUCACAAAGCAUUAGGAAAGAAAGUUAUUUAAUUUUGGCAAAUUUAAGUUACAAUGAUAGUAAUGCUGCAAUAAAGAUCAUUACUCAUCCUGUACUGUUCAAGAUUAUAGAGAAUAUCAUAGCAUCACCAAAUGAAAAGAGUUAUUGCAUGAGCAUAAUCUUGAAUUUACAAGCAACUGGAGAUGAGAUAGUUUCAAAGAAGUUGUUAGAUUUAGGAUUUCUCCAAAUAAUUUGUAGUUUGUUAGAUGUUAGUGAAAUUGGAUUAAUAAAAUAGUUUUUAGAUUCAAUAUUAAGAUUGUUGAUUUCUUAAAAUAUCAAGGAAUAACUUAGAUAAUAAAAUUUUAAAUUAAAAUUAGACAAGAUAUUAUAAGAAUUCAAUGACAAAAUGAUUCAAGAGUUGCAUGGAAAGAUACUAUAAUUAUUGUGA